AUGACGGCAGACGUGCUCCCAGCCUAUCAUGGGCCAUGCAAACAACCAGUGGCAGCCGGAUCCCCAGGCUGGUCCCUGGGUGCAGACAGUGAGGCCAAGCGCAGGGCUGGCUGCGUGGUCCGAUGCCUCCCUGCCCAGUUGCCUGCCUGGGCUGGGCCCCCGAUAAGCAGAGCCCUCGGCUCCAGGCCCCCCCGAGAGAGCGGACAGACUUGCUGGGGCUCCAGCUCGGAUAUCAUCAUAUACUGGUGGGCAGCGCGCGUCCCCACGAGAACGAGAGAAGAACCGGGCGUCGGAAGCGUCCAAGCGGAGCGCCCUGAGAGCAAGCCUGUGCUGGGUGGCCGUAUUUCUGCAAGAAGGACCCUCUGUCCGUGGCUGGCAGCGACCGUAGAGCAGAAAGAGAGCGGCUCUUCCUCGCUGAGGGCAGGCGCUUCCCUGAAUUUUACAGCGCAGAGCGGCGACGAGCACGAGGUCUUGUUGGCUCACCACCCUGAUCAGCCGGAGAACCCCAAAAUCUUGAGAGUUGCCAUUAUUGGGGCUCCCAAUGCCGGGAAGUCCACCCUGUCGAAUCAGUUGCUCCAACGGAAGAUCCUGCCAGUCUCCAGGAAGGUGCACACAACACGAUGCAAUGCUCAGGGUGUCAUCACAACAGAGGAUACCCAGCUGAUUAUUUUAGACACACCUGGCCUCACCACCUCUGCCAAAGGCAAAAGGCAUAACCUGGAAAAAAACAUGUUGUCUGACCCACUGGACAGCUUGAAGAAUGCAGAUUUAGUGCUGGUCCUUGUGGAUGUCUCAGAUCGCUACACACGGGACCAUCUUCACCCGCAGGUGCUUCACUGCCUUAAGCAAUUUCCACAGAUUCCCAGCGUCCUUGUCUUGAACAAGGUGGAUCUGGUGAAGAAGAAAGGCCUUCUGUUGGAACUGGUGGUAGAACUCACCGAGGGAGCUGUUGGUGGAAAGAAGCUAGAAGCCAAGUCUAUGUACAGGCCUGAUGUCUCUCGAGAGCCUUGUAGGAAGCCCCCCAAGAGUGCCCAGACCUCUGCGGCCACUGAGAGCACUCAUGCAGAGUCCGUGGAGUCUCAGGCAGAGGUGGUCACGGAGGAUGCCAGCCUGGCUUCUGCAAAGGAGAGCGGUGCCCCAGAGAGGAUGAAGUACCAGAAAGGGUGGCCCCUCUUCCAGGAGAUCUUCAUGCUGACUGCUCUGGAGGAGGAGGAAGUGAAGACUCUGAAGAAGUACCUUCUCAAGCAAGCCCAGCCGGGCCCCUGGGAGUUCCACAGUGAGGUCUUAACCAGCCAGUCACCGCAAGAGAUCUGUGCUAACCUUAUCCGGGAGAAGCUCCUCGAGCACUUGCCGCAGGAAGUGCCAUACGCCGUGACGCAGAAAACAGCCGUUUGGGAAGAGGGUCCAGGUGGGGAGCUCGUCAUCGUGCAGAAUUUGGAGGUCCAGAGGGAGAAAUACAUGAAGAUGCUGAUUGGCUACCAGGGCCAGGUGAUCAGCAAGAUUGCCGCCGAGGCAGGCCACGACUUGAUGAACGCUUUCCUGUGUGAAGUGCAGCUGAAGCUCUCCGUACAGCUGAAGAAAUGAACCGCCCAGCCUGCCGUCCACCCUGCAAGGACAGGUCGCUCUUGGAUGGGUCUCCUUGGGCUUUCCUUUUGGGCACUGCUCCUCUUUGGCCAGAGAGCUCAGCUGGACGACCCUGCUGCCCUCGGCUUGGAGUCCCCCCCUCUCAUGCCAGAGACGGCGGCAGCGGCUUGGAAGCGGCCGUGGAGCUCUGUCCUUCCCUCCUCGGGAGCCCUGCAGGGCUUCUUAGGCUAAGAGAGAUGUACAGUUGCCAGUGGGCGGGAGCCAGUGCUGUCCUGGUGUUCGUGGUAAGCAGAAGAAAAGCGGUGCCAACUGUGGCUCAGCCCCUUGGUAAUUAAAAUUUUUAUUGUGGUGUAUAAAAAGCACAGUUAAAAUACAAAUCGAAAGGUAUAGCGAAGAAAGAACUAAAAGAAAACAACAAAAAACUAAAAAGGUGAA